GAUCCCAAACGGCAUGUGGACAACGUGCGCGGCACUUGAUAAAAUAAAUAUUUAAUUUAUUUAGAUGCACUCUGAGUGAAUACAAUAAGUUACAAUGGGUGAAUUUAUUGCCGAGCUGCAGGAGCGCCUGCUGCCCGAGUAUGAGCAAAUGAAGCAUUACCAGGUCUUCACAGCAGAUCAAAUCAGAGAAUGUGUACGAAAGCGCGAACGUUUGCUGUUAAAUAUAACAAAAAGUAAAAAGAGCAUUGCCGAUUAUUUGGACUUUAUUGUAUACGAGACUCAAAUGCAUAUGACAAUAACCGAAAAGGAGAAAAUCGCGGGAAUGAAAUUACGCGGUCUGAAAUCCUCCAUAGCCACCCGGAUUAUACGUAUGUACAGGGAAAUGCUGGUGAAGUUUGCACAUGAGAAGCGUCUGUGGAAUAAUUUCAUCAAGUUCAGCAAGAAAUCCGCACCACAGGAGGUGGCUGGCAUCUAUGAGAAGAUGCUGUCGUAUCAUGGUGACGAUCCAGAGUCCUGGACAAGUGCCGCAUUGUGGCUCUACGAAUACAAUCGCCUUAACAUCACACGGGUGGAGAAUUUACUGCUGCGUGGAUUACAACGACAUCCAGCCUCCGAGGUGAUUAAUAAGGUUUUCUUCGAUAUACUUCUCAAGGAGGCUGCCCAGGCAGACAGCAAACGCAAUCUAGAUGAGAAUACAGUCUCCGAGCAGGAGAUUAAACUGGAGCGGGUUGUGUCCGUCUAUCGGAAUAGCUUGACGAAUAUAACACAUUUGGAAUACUUUUUAAAACUGCUCGAAGCCUGUGAGGAUUACCCGGAGAUGACGGUCAAUCUUCAGCAUUAUAUUAUUGAGGACAUACAGACAAAGUUCUCGCGUGAACCAGCCCUGUGGGAUGCACUGGCAAAGCGCGAGCUGCGUGGCUUCCAUUUGGGUGAUUUACAAAAACAUAUGGAGAAGAUCGAAGCCAGCGGAGAGCCGUCUGAGAAGAAGAUGCGAUCAGACGAGAACUCUGUGUGGCAGGCACGUUCGAAGAAGCGUCGCAUUGAGCUGUGUGUGCUUGUUUACAAGACGGCUGUGCAGCAUGUGCAGACGCAGGAGAUGUGGAAUUUAUAUCUGGAAGCCAUGUUGGCGCUUAGCCGGAAUCACAAAACAGAGCGCGCCUACACACAACAGUGUUUGGGCACAGCUCUACAGGAUGGCCAUAAGUCCAAGCUGAUGCAUUCAAAACAUUAUGCCACACUUAGUAUGAUACUUGGUAGCAAUGAGAAUGGCGGCGAUGCUUGUGUUCGCAUUCUCACCGAGGCACUGGAGCACGAUCCAUCGAUGCGCAUGCACGAGCUGCUCUUGGCCGCUCUCAUUCGCAACGACGACGAGCCGACCAUCCACAAGUUGUUCAGUCAGGUGCGCCGGACAAUGGGCGCUGCCGGCUUACCUCUCUGGGAGAGUGUCAUUAGCUAUUAUCGGGCACGUGGUGAUUCUCAGUCCAGGCGGCAACUGAACGACAUUUUUAUGCAGGCCUGCAAGGAGACUUGGCCGGAGUUUGCUGCUCUGCGUUGCAGCUACCUGCGAUAUUUGUGGCACGAGCAUUCGCCGACCAAAUCACGCGAUGAAUAUAAAAAAUUAGCAAUACAACCGCCCAUGUCCGUACAGCUACAUCGGGAGAUGAUUAAGCUGAUAGAGAGCUCCAAACUGAAGGAUAAGCCAACAAUUAAAUUCUGGCGCAAUUGCUACGAAUUUAUGGCUACUUAUUUCGGGAAGCAAGAUCCAACUGUUUGGAUUGAUUUUAUCGCCUUCGAGCGGGAUCAUGGCGACAUCAAGAACAUCGCUCUGCUCAGCCAACGUGCUAGUUCCAAACUCGAUCCAGAGUUUGUGGCCAUCUUUGAGGAAAAGCGAGCGUUAGCGCACAUUGCCGCCGCUCCAACUAGUUAAAUAAAUUGGCUUAUGAUCGUAAUUUGAGUUUUGUUUCAAUUUUUUUUUUAUUUUUAUCUCUAUUUUUGUUGAUAAUCUUUUAUCAAAUAGAAAUGUCAUUCAAUUCUCCUCCUUUAUCUAUUCAUUAUAAACAACUUUGUAAUAUACUUUAUAAUUUCUCAUAUUAUGUGUAUAUUUCAAUGUAUAACGCACAUGGGUUAAAUAAGUACUAUGUAUUAAAACAAGGGAAUCUAACCGAUACAAAUAUCGGUUCCAGUACGUCCCAAAACAUAUA